UAUUCUACCGUAACGAUGGCAACUAUAAAUAUGGGAACCUCUCGCUUUUAUCGAAUCCCAGCGCUCCUUUCCGAUGCCAUGCCCUCUUCUCUCCCGGCGCUUUUCCUCCUCCUCCCUCUCCUCCUUUCCCGCCCUCCCUCGACCGCCUCCCGACCGUUCCCGGCGAACCAACCCGAUGGGCCCGACAGGUCCCACCUUCCGCCAGGCCACCGAGAUGACACGUGGCGCUCCUUCGAGCGCCUCCUCGACGCGAAACGCGGGACCCACAUCCCCGGCAUCGGCGACCUGAAGCGCUACUUCGCCCGGUUCGGUUACUUCCCCAGCCCAACCUCCAACCUCACUGACAACGCCUUCGACUCCAGGUUCGAGUCGGCCCUCACCCUCUACCAGACCCGGCUCGGCCUCCCCGUCACCUCCAAGCUCGACGCCCGCACCCUGUCCCAAAUCAUGACGCCCCGAUGCGGCGUUCCCGACUCGGUCAACCUGAACCGCACCGGCGGUGUCCAGCGGUUCGCGUUCUUCCCGGGCGAGCCACGGUGGGUCCGGUCCGGCCCGCUGACGCUGACGUACGCCAUCGGCCCCACGGACGCCGUGGACUAUAUACCGAGGGCGGAGGUGGAGGCGGCGUUCCGGCGGGCGUUCCGGCGAUGGGCGAGUGUGAUACCGGUGAGGUUCGAGGAGACGACGGAGUACGAGGCGGCGGACGUGAAGGUGGGAUUUUACAGCGGGGAUCACGGGGACGGGGAGCCGUUCGACGGGGUGCUUGGGGUGCUGGCCCACGCCUUCUCGCCGGACAGCGGGCUGCUCCACCUCGACUCGGCGGAGCGGUGGGCGGUGGACUUCCGGGUGGAGGGGUCGAAGGUUGCCGUGGACUUGGAGUCGGUCGCCACGCACGAGAUCGGGCACGUCCUCGGUCUGGCUCACUCGCGAGUCAAGGAGGCGGUCAUGUACCCGAGUCUGAGCCCGAGGACACGGAAGGUGGAGCUCAGGGUAGAUGACGUAGAAGGGGUGCAAGCGCUCUACGGGUCCAAUCCUAACUUUACCUUUAGCUCGCUCUUCGAAUCCGAUACCUCUUCCGCUCCUAAGAUUGCUGGUAGUGUUAUGAUCAGUCAUAGUUGGAUUAUUGGAAGAAAUUCUAUAGGAAUUCUUGCGGUGAUGAUAGCGUUGUGCAUAUGAUUUGGUUGUUUGUAGUUAGUAUGCCACCUUGGAUUAAUUCAUCCAAUUUUCAAAGGAGGAGGAGGAGAAGAAUUCUUCUCGUUCUUCUUCUUUUUUUCCCCAAAAAUUUUAUAGAAAGGUUGGAUUGAUUGGAGGGAAGUGGAGAUUAAGAUGUAACCACAACUUCCAAUAGGCUUUAGCUGUGUUCUUUGUUAUCCUUCAAGCGAGGGUUGAAUGAAAAUUAAAGUACGGAUUGUUUAGCUGCUAA